AUGUCUCGACAGCCCUCCGCCCUCGAGAGGCGCUAUAUUGCGCGAAACACCCUCAAUUGCUACCUGAACUUCAAUGUAACUGCAACCUACAACAAGCCAGUUUCCAAGGCCCAGGUGUCGCAGGCGCUUCGAACAAUUAUGCUUACCAACGACAAUCUUUUGCUCAAUGCUUUUCGAAAAGAUCCCAGCGACACUAUGGAAGACGACAGAAGGGCAAAUGGUCACAAUUGGGUGAUAAAACCGGUUCAAAAAGUGCGGUUUGACGAUGUGGUUUCAGUUGAAAAAAUCGAGCAAGAUACUCACCAAAAGGAAAGUCAGAUUAUUGCAGAGUACCUUUCUCGUUUAUCUUCAAAGACCUGUGCACUCAACAUUGAUACUCCUCCAUGGAGACUCCUCAUCUAUGAAACUGGCCAAAAAACCUACUUGACCUUCUAUUUCGACCACACCUUUUAUGAUGGAUAUGUUGGUGCUCAGCUUCACAAAGACUUGAUUGAACAACUUGACAAGCAAGAUGAGCCUGAGUAUGUGGACGUUCUUUAUGAUCAAGAGCACGAUAAAAUGCCAAACUUGUACCUGACUUAUUACCAGCAAGAGCAGCUAUACUCUCCACCAUGGUACUAUUCAAUUAUGAACAAAAUUGGUCAAUUGAAGGUGGUCAAGUGGGUGAGUAUUCUAUUUGAACAAAUAGCGUAUCGGUUCACUUCUAUCGGAUUUCUUCGAAAAGUUUUUGGUCUUCGGUUCAGACUCCAUCCCAGUGCACUCAGUCGACCAAUUUUCAGUUAUAAACCAACGACAAUGAACUUUGCUACGAAAUUUCAAAUUGUCAAUUUGAGUCAAGCGGAGCUCAAAGAAGUAUUAGGUUUUUGCAAAAAGCACCGUUUGACAUUUACUCCAUUUUUAGACGUCUUGGCGUUGCAGACAAUGGAACAGGUUAUACGGCCCCAAGUAUCACCCACGCCCAUAAGCUAUUUCCACUUUACAGCGACAAACGGAAGACGCUACUUUCCAUAUAUGAAGUAUGUGACGGCUGCCAGUGCGUUUCCUACGAUGUUUGGCGAUGUAGAUGGACUCACCAAAGAGCAGACCAUUGAUAUCAUCAAGAGCCACGGCGAGCGAAUUGUGAAACUAAUGAAGCAUAUGGUACCGUUUAGAAGUCAAGGAAUGGGUAUGGAGAGCACCAACUUUUGGGACUUUUUUCUUGGAUGUGUGGGUCAGAUAAUCAAGCCCACUUCGGUGGUUACCAAUAUUGGCAACCAGAAAUUUGAAUGUGGUCAAUGGAAAAUUGAAAACAUGUGGUUUUCACAAGGUAAUGGAGCUAGCUUCCAUUUUGUGUUCAAUGUGGUGAGUAGCCACGCCGGUAUGAAUAUUGUGAUUGGGUCCCUUCCAGAAUAUGAAGAAUUAAUGGAGGGUAAGAUGAUGGAGACAUUUGGGAGAAAGUUGAAGGAGAACAUUAUGGAGAUCAGCAGGAUGGAGCAUUGA